AAACGCGUUAGGUAAAAAACCCAAAUAGCAUUAUGGUUAUUAAAGAUUACGUCAUAAGCAAAGAUUUGCUUCGUUAUACACAGCAUCGCCUACACAUUCUGAUGAAGUAAGCAAUCCAAUUAGUGAUGAAGUAAGCAGUUGAACUGCUUAAUUGAAUCGCGCAAUUCAGUGAUUACAGUGUACGCGAGGCUGUGUACUAUAAACUAAUGCAGAGAGAGUGAGUAAAGAGAAAAGUAAAGAAAAAUGGAAGGACCAAUGGCGUCUUCCCUAUCUUCAUCUUCUUCGUUUUUACUGAUAAUUCUACUCUCAUCACUCUUGGCCUCCGCUGCUACUGCUGCCAACAAUGUCAGCUAUGACAGCCGCUCCCUCAUCAUUGACGGCCGCCGCAAGCUCCUCAUCUCCGCCGCUAUCCACUACCCUCGCAGCGUCCCCGCCAUGUGGCCGGGGCUGGUGCAGCUGGCCAAGGAAGGCGGUGUGGAUGUAAUCGAAACAUAUGUUUUCUGGAACGGUCACGAGCUGUCUCCUGACAAUUACUACUUUGAAGGAAGGUAUGAUCUGCUUAAAUUCUGCAAGACAGUUCAGCAAGCUGGCAUGUACAUGAUUCUGCGAAUCGGUCCGUUUGUGGCUGCUGAAUGGAACUUUGGUGGAGUACCUGUUUGGUUGCACUACAUUCCAGGAACUGUUUUUCGAACCGAUAACGAGAAUUUCAAGGUUCUGAUGUAUUACAUGAAGAAGUUCAUGACAUACAUUGUGGAGAUGAUGAAGAAAGAGAAUCUUUUUGCAUCACAGGGCGGUCCUAUAAUCCUGGCGCAGGCAAGUGUGGCCUGCUCUUUUAAUUUUGUAAUCCCAUGUGUCUAUUUCAGAUCCUGUGUUUCACAAGUGAUAUCACUGGUAGAGAAUGAAUAUGGAUUUUACGAGCCUGCGUAUGGGGAAGGUGGGAAAAGGUAUGCCUUGUGGGCAGCUAACAUGGCUGUUUCUCAGAAUAUUGGUGUACCUUGGAUUAUGUGCGAGCAGUUUGAUCCUCCUGAUAUUGUGAUCGACACAUGCAAUUCCUUUUACUGUGAUCAAUUCAAACCAAUAUCUCCUAACAAGCCCAAGUUUUGGACUGAAAACUGGCCUGGAUGGUUUAAAACAUUUGGAGCUAGUAGCCCUCACAGACCUCCAGAAGAUGUUGCCUUUUCUGUUGCACGUUUUUUCCAGAAAGGAGGAAGCCUACAUAAUUACUACAUGUAUCAUGGCGGGACAAACUUCGGGCGCACUUCUGGAGGACCAUUCAUUACCACAAGUUAUGACUAUGAUGCACCCAUUGAUGAAUAUGGAUUGGCUAGAUGCCCCAAAUGGAGCCAUCUUAAAGAGCUUCAUAGAUCCAUAAAGUUAUGUGAGCAUUUACUGCUGAAUGGAGUACCCAGUAAUCAUUCAUUAGGCCCUUCACAAGAGGCCGAUGUCUUUGAAGAUUCCUCUGGAAGUUGUGCGGCCUUCAUAUCUAAUACGGAUGAUAAAAAUGACAAAACUGUGGUGUUUCGAAAUUCAUCCUAUCUCCUCCCAGCAUGGUCUGUUAGCAUCCUGCCCGACUGCAAAAAUGUAGUUUUCAACACAGCAAAGGUCAAUGCUCAAAGUUCGACAGUUGAGAUGAUACCAACAGAUUUGCAGCCAUCAGCUAUGUCACCAAGUAAUGACUUAAAAGGUCUGCAAUGGGAUGUUUUUACGGAGAAAGCCGGAAUUUGGGGUGCUUCAGAUUUCACUAAAAAUGGAUUGGUGGACCAUAUUAACUCUACAAAAGAUACUACAGACUACCUCUGGUAUACAACAAGCUUAACAGUUACUGAGAAUGACGAGAUAUUGAAAAGCGAUAAAGGUCCUAUGCUUGUUAUUGAAUCAAAGGGCCAUGCUAUGCAUGUUUUCAUCAAUCAGAAGCUCCAAGGUACUCAGUCUGGAAAUGGCACAGUUCCACAUUUUAAAUAUAGAAGUCCCAUAACGCUCAAGGCUGGAAUGAAUGAAAUUGCUUUAUUGAGCAUGACUAUGGGUCUUCAGAAUGCAGGGGCUUUUUAUGAGUGGAUUGGAGCUGGUCCCACAAAGGUCCUAAUUGAAGGGAAGAAGAAUGAAACCCUAGAUUUGUCCAACCGUAAAUGGACCUAUAAGAUUGGAGUGCAAGGAGAAUAUUUGAAAAUAUACAAUACAGAUCAUUCGAAUUCUGUGAACUGGUCAUCAACUUCUACACCACCUAAACAACAAGCUCUCACAUGGUACAAGGCGGUUGUGGAUGCUCCACCCGGGCAUGACCCAGUUGGACUCGACAUGGUUCAGAUGGGGAAGGGGAUGGCUUGGUUAAAUGGAAACGAAAUCGGAAGAUAUUGGUCCCGAAAAGCCUCCAUAACCGAGAAAUGUGUCGACAAGUGUGAUUACAGAGGCAAAUUUAUGCCUAACAAAUGCAACACAGACUGUGACAAACCCACACAAAGAUGGUAUCACGUGCCAAGAUCAUGGUUGAAGCCAACGGGAAAUGUAUUGGUUGUUUUUGAGGAGAAAGGUGGGGACCCUACUCGGAUUCGUUUCUCCACGCGGAAAGUCUCUGGAGUUUGCGCAUAAUCAUGACAAUAUUACAUUACAAUAUAUUUAUAUGUACACUAAAGAGGGUGUACCAUUGUUGUAUACAAUGAUGCUAUUUGUAGCAGUUGGCUCCUGCAUUUUUCAAUGACUGAGAUCUUUGAGUUCUAAAGGAGCCUGUAUUUUUUUGGAUCAAUUUUCAACAGCAACUUUACAAUAGCAUAUCAAAGUUCCUUUUUUUGCAUGAAGAAUUUCUUUAAUAUUGCUUUGGUGAUAGAAGAUAUCCA